AUGGUGGAUAACAAGGACGAGAAUAAGGACAAGCCUGCAGUUCGCAAACCAGAGCAAGUUGAGGGACAUACUGUUACUAAGUUUUUUAAUAAGCUGAAUGGACAGCCUGAAUCCUAUGUGAGCAAGUCUAACUACGUUUUUGGUAAGACUCUUGGUGCUGGUACCUUUGGUGUUGUGAGACAAGCUCGGUACAGUCCCACCAACGAGGAUGUUGCGGUUAAGAUUUUAUUGAAGAAGGCUCUUAAAGGUAAUGAUGUUCAGUUACAGAUGCUUUACGAUGAAUUGUCCAUUCUCCAGAUGUUGAAACAUCCAAACAUCGUCGAGUUUAAGGACUGGUUUGAAUCUAAGGAUAAAUUUUAUAUUGUCACACAGCUAGCUGUUGGUGGUGAAUUGUUUGAUCGUAUCCUAGCAAAAGGCAAAUUCACUGAACGUGAUGCAGUGUCUAUUACAAUGCAAAUUCUAAGUGCUGUCGAUUAUAUGCAUUCUAAGAACGUGGUACAUAGAGAUUUGAAGCCUGAAAAUGUUUUAUACAUUGACAAGAGCGAUGACUCUCAGUUAGUCAUAGCGGAUUUCGGUAUUGCUAAGCAAUUGCAAGAUAAUGAUGAUUUGAUCUUUAAGGCCGCUGGCUCCCUAGGUUAUGUUGCUCCUGAGGUAUUGACUAACAAUGGUCAUGGUAAGCCUUGUGAUAUCUGGUCUAUCGGUGUGAUUGUAUACACAUUGCUGUGUGGUUAUUCUGCUUUUGUAGCUGAGACUGUAGAUGGUUUCCUAGAAGAAUGUACACAGAACAAAUAUCCUGUUACAUUUCACAAGCCUUACUGGGAUAAUAUAUCUGAUGAAGCCAAGAACUUUAUCUUGAGAGCACUAACAUUGGAUCCAGCUGAAAGACCAACAGCUGCAGAAUUAAUGAAAGACCCAUGGAUUACCAACACUAGGCCCGAGACCGCUAACAUUUACCCAGAGAUUAGAAAGGGCUUCGAUUUACGUAAGAAGUUGCGUGAUGCUAUUGAGAUAGUUAAAUUGAAUAACAGAAUUAAGAAGUUGAGAAGCCUAUACAUGGUUGAGACUGAUACUGAUAUCGAGGAGAAUGUGGCUUCUGUUGCAUUUAAUACAUUGGCAAGCUCAUUAAAUGAUCUCAGACUUCAUUCACAAAAAAGAGUGGGUCAACUAACGGCAGAACAAAGAAGAUUAAAAUCUGCACUUACUCAAGAUACUUUUGCGCAGAUUGUGAGGGCUGCAACAAAAAAUAAAGAAAGAAUCUGGGGUGAAAAGACGGCGUCCCCUACGCCUAGUCAAUCAUCUACCUCAUCUACUUCUACUAACAAGAAAUAA